GGCUCUCCAGAGGAUUUGCCUGCCACUGGGAUACUUAGUCUUUUUCAGAGUUUACAGAUAACCUACUCCUCCUCCACUGCCAACACAGUCACUCUAUCAAGCCACCAAGAAGAGGAUCCAAGUACCUUGCAGACUCCACCAAAUCCUGAGUCCUUGUUCACUGAAGUGCUACAAAAUAAGGUGUACGACUUGGUGCAGUACCUGAGUAUCAAGUAUGCCACAAAGGAGCCCAUCACAAAGGCAGAAAUGCUAGAGAGUGUCAUCAGAGAGCACAAGGAUCACUUCCCUGUGAUCUUCAAGAGAGCCUGUGAGUGCAUGGAGAUUGUCUUUGGCAUUGAAGUGAAGGAAGUGGACCCCACCAGCCAUUCCUAUGUGCUUGUCAAAUCACUAGACCUCACCUACGAUGGGAUGCUGAGUGAUGACCAGGUUAUGCCCAAGACCGGCAUCCUGAUACUUAUCUUGGGCAUAAUCUUCAUGGAGGGCAACCGAGCCUCUGAGGAAAGAAUCUUGGAAAUUAUGAAUAUGGUUGGAGUGCAUGCUGGGAAGAAUAAUUUUAUCUAUGGGGAUCCCAGGAAGCUCAUCACCGAAGAUCUAGUGCAGGAAAGGUACCUGGAGUACCAGCAGGUGCCCAACAGUGAUCCUCCACGCUAUGAGGUCCUGUGGGGUCCCAGGGCCCAUGCUGAAACCACCAAGAUGAAAGUCCUGAAGUUUCUAGCCAGGAUCAAUGGGACUGACCCCACUUCCUUCACAAACUUGUAUGCGGAAGCUUUGAGAGAUGAGAGAGAGAAAGCCCAGGCUGAAGUUUCCUCGGAUGAUACUACUGCCACAACCGAUGAAAGUUCAAGUGUCCUGUCCAGCAGCUUCUCCUGCCCUGAGUGAAGUCUGAAGCUUACCAUUCUUCACUCUCCAUUUGAACACAGUGGCCAAAGUUCUAAGUAGUGGAGGACCGGGGUGGAUAUGGAGGGAACACCUUAGUGUUCCUGUUCAAUA